AUGGCACAAUUCCUCAUCAGUCAGUUAAAUAUUCCAUCAAAGCGAAAUGAAACAGUACAUGAACCAUCAAGUGAUAGUCAUACAACAGAAUCACAUCGUACUCUUCCAUUGAUUCAAUCAGGUAUUGUUGCUGAUCAUCAUCGUCCCUAUGCUGAAUAUGGUCAUCUCGAUCGAGAAACAAUUGCGAAAGAAUGUAAAUUUAAUCUUCAAGUACCAUCAUCAUCGUCAUCAUCCAUCAAUACAAGAUCUUUUCGAAUGAAUACUAAAUCAUUUGCGAUCACAUCAUGGACUAAUGUAUCGAAAGAAUUAGUUCUUGAUGAAAUCAAGAGAAAGUUCAAUAUCGAGAAUAUUCAAUAUAUUUGUAUCAGUGAAGAGAUCAGUGAACUAAACCAUCAAAGACAUCUUCAUAUACAGAUCAUUCUAAAAAAUAAAGUCAACAUCAAAUCACGUUUUCUCGAUGUCAUUACUGGUGUAUCUUGUAAUUAUCAAGUAACACAGAAUGAUCUAGCAUGGAAUGAAUAUAUCAAGAAAGAUGGUAACUAUCUUGAAUUCAAUGAAUUCAAAUCAAUGCGAAUCCGUGGUCAAAAACAAUGGCCAUCAUCGUCAUCAUCAUCAGUACCUGAUCAGCAAUUAGUACCACGAAGUACAACAUCAUCAACAACAACAACAACAACAACAGUUCGAGCACAAGUCGAGGCUCGACGUCAAUAUGAACAACAGACAGUCAUUCAAGCAAUGGAAUUAGCUAAGAUCAAUAUUCAUCAAGCUAUGGAUCUCAUUCGACAUGCAUUACCAACAAAAUUCCUUGCUCAUAGUACAUGGUAUUUAUCAACAUUCAACUAUAUUCAUCUACGAGCACAAGAAGAGAUCGAUCGAAAUGGUCAGAUUGAUAAGGAAUAUGUCUGGCCACUAUCAUUUCCACAAUGUACAGAUCGAUUACGUGAAGUGAUGGAUCAAUGGAUGCGACAUCAUUUCUCUCGCACUAAACGUGCAAAGUGUCUCAUCAUCAUUGGACCGACUGGUACAGGCAAAACAUCAUUCGCUCUAUCAUUACCAGGUCGUGUCAAUUAUUUUAAAGAACGAUGGAAUCUUGAUCACUGGAGUGACUAUGCACGUUACUCAGUCUAUGAUGAUAUUCCAUGGGAUGAUUUCUCGAAAUUGAAUUAUCCUAAUAAGAAAGGUCUAUUGACACAGAAUGGUCGAAUAAAUGCCACAGAUAAAUAUCGAGGUACAAAAGAGAUCAAUGUGAGACAACCAGCUAUUGUUCUAUUGAAUCCUGAAGAUACUGGUUCAUUAUUAGCUGAACCGAUCACUCUUCAGGAACAACAAUUAGCUGAAUAUUGGAAAGAACGAGCAUUCAUCUACAUUAUGAGUGAUGAUGAAUAUUUCUAUAAGAGAUCGACGCCUCAACAUCAUCAGCCUCGAACAACUGAUGAACAACAUCUCUCAGGUCAGUCCUCAAUGGACAAUAAUGAAGCUCGAUUAGGUGAUAUCGAUGAAUUCGAUCAGAUGAUCCAUCGAUAUCAAAAGAAACAUCGAUCAUCCUAA